AUGAAUGUGCUAAUAGAGCUCAAUAAUUUUGUGGAAAACUUCUCACCUAAACUAAUGCAGUAUCAACAUCUGACGCUAAUAGUAAUUAUGAAAACAAUCAUUACUUACUAUGCACUCCAAAAUACCCUUUAUAAACCAAGUACAGGAAAGCAACAUUAUGAAAGACUAUCGAAGUUGUUUGAAGAAAUUUCAUCAACCAAUCAACAUUUUAUCGCUUGA